AAACCAAUAAGCUUAGGACAAGAGAAUAGCUGUGGUUUGCGUUGCAAAAACAAAAAAAGCCCCGAGGCUCCAUGGGCAGACCUACAAGGCUGCGCAAACAAAUCGAGGGAUGAGAUUGUGCUGUUUCUUUGUCUCGGGUUCUCAGAUGCUAUCUGCUGCUGCUGUUCAGUGGGGAAAGAGCGCAGGGCUCCAGGCGGUUACUACACAGAACGGUGGGAGCUGAUGGCUCCGAGUUUGGGGCGAGCUAGAAACUCUCCAGUGCCACUUCCGACUCUAAGCCUUCCUGUCGCAGCGGGCUCGGGCGGUUUUGUCGCCGGGGACGGCGUCCUCGCUCAGUGGCUCCGCAGCCCGAGCCUGCAACAGCGGCCAGGCGCCUGUGCCUGGAGCCGGGCUUCACCCUCCGGAGCCGCUCGGCUGCCCGGAGCGCCCAGCGGCGCUGUGAGCGCCUAGAGCCCCGCACCCGUCAUUGCCCGCGAGCAAAACUAUGUAAGGAAUGGAGGUUUGCUAAACCAGAAAAUUCGAAGGAGCGCUUGAAACUGGUUGGAUGCAGCAGAUGUAAGCACUGUGCAAACAUCUCAAACCAGUUCAGAUGUUGCUGUUUCCUCAAGUUGCAGGUCUAUGGAAAUGCAGGAUCUAACCAGCCCGCAUAGCCGUCUGAGUGGUAGUAGUGAAUCCCCCAGUGGCCCCAAACUCGAUAACUCUCAUAUAAAUAGUAAUUCCAUGACUCCCAAUGGCACCGAAGUUAAAACAGAGCCAAUGAGCAGCAGUGAAAUAGCUUCAACAACAGCAGACGGGUCUUUAGACAAUUUCUCAGGUUCAGCAAUUGGAAGCAGUAGCUUCAGUCCAAGACCAACGCAUCAGUUUUCCCCACCACAGAUUUAUACUUCCAACAGACAAUACCCACAUAUUCUCCCUACCCCUUCCUCACAAACUAUGGCUGCAUAUGGGCAAACACAGUUUACCACAGGAAUGCAACAAGCUACAGCGUAUGCCACGUACCCACAGCCGGGACAGCCCUAUGGAAUUUCCUCCUAUGGUGCAUUGUGGGCAGGCAUCAAGACUGAAGGUGGAUUGUCGCAGUCUCAGUCACCGGGACAGACAGGAUUUCUCAGCUAUGGUACCAGCUUUAGUACUCCUCAACCUGGACAGGCACCCUACAGCUACCAGAUGCAAGGUAGCAGUUUUACAACGUCAUCGGGAUUAUAUACAGGAAAUAAUUCUCUGACAAAUUCCUCUGGUUUUAACAGUUCACAGCAGGAUUAUCCAUCGUACCCCAGUUUCGGCCAAGGUCAAUAUGCACAGUAUUAUAACAGCUCACCGUACCCAUCACAUUAUAUGACAAGCAGUAAUACCAGCCCCACAACGCCAUCCACAAAUGCUACUUACCAGCUUCAAGAACCACCAUCUGGCAUCACCAGCCAGGCCGUCACGGAUCCCACAGCAGAGUACAGUACAAUUCACAGUCCAUCAACACCUAUAAAAGAUUCAGAUUCUGAUCGAUUGCGUCGGGGUUCAGAUGGGAAAUCACGUGGACGAGGCCGAAGAAACAAUAAUCCCUCCCCUCCUCCAGAUUCUGAUCUUGAGCGGGUAUUCAUCUGGGAUUUGGAUGAGACAAUCAUAGUUUUCCAUUCCUUGCUGACUGGAUCCUAUGCCAACAGAUAUGGGAGGGAUCCACCCACUUCAGUUUCCCUUGGACUGCGAAUGGAAGAAAUGAUUUUCAACUUGGCAGAUACACACCUAUUUUUUAAUGACUUAGAAGAGUGUGACCAAGUCCAUAUAGACGAUGUAUCUUCAGAUGAUAAUGGACAAGACCUCAGCACGUAUAACUUUGGAACGGAUGGCUUUCCGGCUGCAGCAACCAGUGCUAAUUUGUGUUUAGCAACCGGCGUACGGGGCGGUGUAGACUGGAUGAGAAAGCUGGCCUUUCGCUACCGACGAGUAAAAGAAAUCUACAACACCUACAAAAACAACGUUGGAGGACUGCUGGGCCCAGCCAAAAGAGAAGCCUGGUUGCAGUUGAGGGCAGAGAUUGAGGCCCUGACGGAUUCCUGGCUGACGCUGGCACUGAAGGCCCUCACGCUCAUUCACUCCCGGACAAACUGUGUGAAUAUUUUAGUAACAACAACUCAACUCAUCCCAGCCCUGGCAAAAGUUCUGCUAUAUGGAUUAGGAAUUGUAUUCCCAAUAGAAAAUAUUUACAGUGCAACAAAAAUAGGAAAGGAGAGCUGUUUUGAGAGGAUAAUCCAGAGGUUUGGAAGGAAAGUGGUGUAUGUUGUUAUAGGAGAUGGUGUGGAAGAAGAACAGGGAGCGAAAAAGCAUGCCAUGCCUUUCUGGAGGAUCUCCAGCCACUCGGACCUCAUGGCACUCCACCACGCCUUGGAGCUGGAGUACCUGUAACAGCCGCAUAGCACUUUGAAACCCCACGACCGCCCUCAACCAGGGACAGAUCCAGCAGGCCUGAGUCUCGUGUCAGCGCUGGACGGCAGGACUUAGCGAUUUCAACAUAGUGACACACAGCUGCUGUCGGUCUUGCCCUUUUGCCCUUGUGGCAAAUGGAGGACCAUGCCUAUUUCUUGAGAACAGCUGUUGACUCUAGUACUGUGAAUCCAGUGAACACAAGCCAUGAGAAUGUUCUAACGCAGUCUAAUGUGUCUUUGCCACAUUAACUACACGGUUCAAACCUGUGAAGAAAGGACCUGCAAAUGCUCACGUUUUUAGUAUCUUCAGUGUGAUACAAACAGCUUCUCUGAUACAGCAAACUUGAUUGCACAACAAAAACUGAAGUGUGCAUCCCAAAUACCAAUGGAGUCAUUUUUCUUGUAAAGAAGGUUUACUUUUUUUGGUGUCUCAUCCCCAGGGUAAUCUAUACAUCUCUACUUAUUUAUGAACAGACUUUUUUUAAAAAAAACAACAACAACAACAACAAAAACAACAACACAGCUUUAUUGAGGUAUAUAGUUCACAGACCAUGUGAUUCUCCCAGGCAGAUUUUGAUUCAAAUCAUUGAAGAGACAACAGCGUAAGAAAUAAGCGAUGAAAAUCCUUUGCCUCAUGACACAGCAAGUACUUUUAAUUUUAGCACAUUGCAAAGUAGUUUAAACUAUGUCUAAUUUAAACGUAUAAUAUGUACAUCACUGAGACAAUCAUGUACAGAAAGAAUUUUUGGUGUAAAUUUGUAAUGAUGCCUCUUUUACAUAUGGUUUAGGGAGAUGCUAUUGAAAAGUAGAAAUGCCUUGAUAGUUAAGUGUGAGGCAAUAGUGCACAGAUUCAUGUGCAGCGCCUUAAUGAACCUGGGUAUAAAUAUGUAGAUAAUGGAUUUUUUUUUUUUAGAUAAUGUUGUCAAGACCAAAAGCAUGGAUGUUGAGUGUCAGUAAGGAUUUUACUUGUCCAAAAUUUCUUC